CUCAAUUUACAUUCCCCUGUGGAGAAACCGUUGAAGUAGAUACAUUUCCUGACCCAAGGACUCAGGCAUUUUAGUCCUAACGAAGUCGGAACAGGCACAGCUAAACUGACGGCUAAAAUGGUGAACCUUGGAGAGAUUUUUCCUGAUUUCCAUGUGCGCACCAGUGAAGGGGAGCUUGACUUCCACAAAUUUAUUGAAGGAUCAUGGGCCAUUUUAUUCGCUCACCCAGCCGACUACACACCCGUGUGUACCACCGAGUUAGGCUGCUUGGUUGGAAUGAUCCCAGAAUUCACCAAGCGCGGUGUAAAGCUCAUUGCUUUGUCAUGUGAUGAUGUUGACACACACAAGGGAUGGAUGGAAGAUAUCAAGGCCUUCAUCAAGACAGACCUAAUGGACUUUCCUUAUCCAAUUAUUGCCGACCAAGGGCGUGAAUUGGCUGUUAAACUCGGAAUGGUCGAUCCCGAUGAAAAAGAUUCUAAAGGACUACCACUUACUUGCCGUGCGGUCUUUGUUAUUGGACCAGACAAGAAGCUUAAGUUGUCAUUCCUCUAUCCAGCGUCGUGUGGACGGAACUUGCAUGAAUUAUUACGUGUGAUUGACUCAUUGCAGUUGACUGCCACGAAACAAGUUGCCACUCCUGCAGACUGGGAGCCUGGCAAGGACUGUAUGGUUCUACCAACGGUAAAAGAUGAAGAUCUCGAUAAACUAUUUCCAAAGGGCGUCAAAGUCAGAGAAAUGCCCUCGGGUAAAGGAUACAUGCGUUACACUCCUCAUGAACAAACAGAAUAAAACUGAAUGCGAAUAAAAGCUUGUCAGUUGUCACCACACAAA